AGAAUGUCCCCAUGUCCUGUUCUCAAAAAAAAAAAAAUUUUCAUUAACAUUAUUUUCUCGUUGAACUUUCUAUUACUCGAUCAAUACGAUAAUAUGACAGAUCAGCCACCACGUCAAUGUUUUCUUCCCCGAUGCCGACUUUGUCGGUUUCUUAUUUUCGAGGGUGAAUCUGUCAAAGCAAUUACCCAACACGGUAUCAUUUCGACGGAGUUCUUCUAUAACGAUCACAUGAAUUCUGUCGACAUCACCCCAAAAUUGAAUCCAUAUCGUUGUACGAAUUCAAUGUGUCACCAUCGUGACAGACUCAUCGGCUGUCAUUCAGCUUGCUUAUCAUUUGUAUCGCCCGUUUCUUUAUCUUGGCUCCAGGUGACAGACUAUUCAUUCGAACCUGCAGAACCGGAAGAUGAAAGACGGCUCGUCCACUUUGUUAAAGUGGUUGCUACAAAACUCACAGCCACGUAUAACAUGCUACCCCUAGAGUUAUGGCGAAUGAUUUCUAGCAGUUUGGCUCAUGAGUUUGCUGCAUCUGCUACUUACCAAACUUGUGCUACUGAUCAUGCGCCUAAUACCUAUUCCAUCGACACUACCUUGAGCAUUUGGGCUCGUUUUGUCCGUUUAGAUGGUAUUCAGUAUAUUGGGGGCUUGUCUAAUACACGACAGAACGACGAGGAUAUCUGCAUUUUUAAUGCAGAUAAAGGCUUUCCGCUUGAAGCACUUUACGUAUCGGAAGACCAUUUGGGUAUUAGGUGGAUCAUAUCCACUAAACAAGGCAGCUCAACCGACUUACCGGCAACUAAUGAUGACCUCACAAUGUGGUGGCAGACCAUCCAUCCUGCCUCAAGUAGAUUUCUAACCGUAGAAUACGAUGGAUUCAAACUUCGGCACAUAUUCGCUUCCGAUACACCGAAACCUCUCCAACUCAAUCUGUGGUCAACCCCUAUGCCACCGCUUGCAUUGAAAUCGCUCCAUUUUCACAGCCUCACGUCUUCUAUCCCUCCAAUCAAUGAGUCUGCCCGACUUACUAAAUUUCGCAUGGCUUCAUUUGAGUGCAACAACAAGGCGAUCACUGGGCUGUCCGGCUGUUGGGCAAGCCACAUGCUUUAUUUUCAUGCUCAUGUAAAGGAUGAUAACUCGUUCUACCGCCGAAUGGACCUUCGUAAAAGUGACGCUAUUUGGAUAUAUGUACCCUUAGAUCGUGACGAAUCCAUUGCGACAGUGUGGUGGCGGAUGGGUCAGCUGCCUCCGCACUGCGCCUUAGUGGUCAAAACCGAUAAGAACCGACUCGUGGAAAUGGGCCCUCAUACUCGGAGAAGCUGGCCAUCACCCACUUGGUCAAGAAUGUUCGCAACAUCAGGGAGGCCGGCUCGAAUAUACUGGGAAUAUUCGCAUCAUGGAAGUAAACAAUGGGCUACUUCUUCCCCUCCUGACCAAACAACUAUACCGUCGGUUUCUACCAUAUCUCAAUAUCCGCCUGGUUCAGACGGUCUCUUCUAUAGUUCUGCUUCGUUGGAGAAUAUCGUCGAAAUUAUCCCCUGCCAACGAAAGCAUAUUUGCAGUACUGACCUACAAAUAACCGGUCUCCUCAUCCAUUAUAAGGACAAAACCCGAGCUUGUGUUGGAGGGUUUCGAAUGGAUAGUCUUUGUCCGGCUAUCAGAGUUGGAGAUUCUUCAAAGUUAUAUCUAGGGUUCACCUAUGCGGACGGCAAAUAUCCAUGCCUUGUGAAGGUCGAAGCAUCCCCCCCAGAAGAUGAAGGUCCGUAUCAGUGGCUCAAUUUCAGUUGGGAGGGCAGGAUGGAGUGGUGGCAUGACCGAGUGCGGUGUCAAAUUUCAUGUGCCGGAAAAUGUAGCCCGAAAGUCGAUUAGGUAGUAGCCAAUCCGUACAUCUACGGUUGCCCUACAGUUGACAAUGUACACGCAUGUAGUCACUUUUGGUGAAACCCAUUGAUUAAUCCAGGCCGAGGACCAGCUGCAAUUACUAUAGGGGAAAUACCUUAACUAUUAUCGGGGUUAGUUAGGUACUCAACCCGUAGUCCCUUAUGCACCAAAUCCUGAUCUUGCUGGACCAGGAGCUAGUAG